UUGAUUGCAGUAAGAAUCAAUCAACCAGUGAAGAAUAUCUCAAGUACAAGGGGUUCUGGUGAAGAUGAGCGCAGUUUGUUGAGAAGAAUAAUAACAAACUGGAAAACACCAUCCCUGGUUUUCAUCAGCGGAGUACUAGGCUGUCUUUUUUAUGAAAGAUUCAUUGAAGAACCAGAUGAAACAGGAAAAAGAGAUCCUCUGAUAACAAGACUUAUGAUGGACUACCUCAUGGCAGAUCCUGUACUGGAAAAACAGCAAAGAGAUAAUUUUUUGCGUGAGGGCAGAGAAAAGUGUGAUGCAUACUUGGAGAGCAAAAGAAAGCCUCGACUUGGAAAGCAGCCAUUUGAUCUCGAGGAGCUUGACAAAAAAACUCCUUAUUACAAAGAUUUUGGGCCAGAUGGUUACUGAACCAAGCUCGUGUAACAUCUCCAAAAUGUAAUGACUUGGACAUUUUUUUUAUUAAAUGUCCCUACAUGUAUGCCAUUGGUUUCCACAUGUAAUGUUGAUGUACAUCGCAAUCUUUUGCUGCCAACAGAGACAGCACUGACAUUUGCUUGAUUUUUGAAUUACAAAGGUUCAAGUCCUAUACAUGAAGUUUAAGAAAGUCGGUUAUUUGUGUGACUAAUAAAAUUGGCAAGACUGUUCUUUUGUGGGA